AUGCCGAGCUCUGACGCCCCUUGGGUGCUCUUUGAGUAUCCACCAGCCCCAUCGACGACAGCAGCAAUCGCCACCGACAGUUUUAAGAAGCAACACCUGGACACCGCCUUCAGUGGGCACGAGAGCAGUGGUCUCUGCACAGCUCUAAGCCGCUAUUUCUUCACCAUGCAGGAGCUAGCAAUUCUCGUCGAUGGCUACGAGGCGAACCGGCGGGCAAUAGAAAGUCGAGGAGAGGGUCCCCGAGGGUCCCAAGCCAAACACAGGGCCUGGGACAACAUCACGGCAACAUUAUUUGCUGUCUUGGGGAUCGUUCGAACGCCCGCCGAGGUUCGAAAGAAAUGGUGCGACGUCAAGAGCGCCAUCAAGGCACGAGAUGAACAGCGAGACAAUCCCUUCAUUGCAGAGCUGUCAAUACCAGGACCCAGCAACAUGGCAUAUGAAGAACUCGAAGAAGGCACCUGCGAUGCCAUCAGAAAUGUUCCGUCUAGUGCCGGGUCAAGCCAGGAAGACGGGGACAGUGCAACAGGUGAGCCACAGCAACGCAGCAGCAGCACUCCACGGCGGCGACAGCAACGACGCAGCUACACAAGUGAGAAGCUAUUUACAUAG